GAAGAAGACAGGGCUCUGCUUUGGUGUCUCCAAACCUCCCCUUCUUCCAUUCUUCCUUCCCUUUGUCUCUUCUUUUUUUCUUUUUUCUCUCCAUGCCAGUCUUCCACCUUCCUCUCUCUCUCAAUAAUUUAUUGAGGCCAAACUAAGGGAAGACUUGAAGAAGAAGCCAAAAUAGAAACUGCCAUUGCAACAGAUCAUUAAUAAGAACCCCAUCUGCAUAUCUCCAUAACUCCAUAACCCCAUUGAGAGUUUUCAGGGUGGAAAAACAUAGAGCAAAAAAAAAAAAAAAAAGAAAAAAGGAAAAGAUUGUUGUUAGGAUUGUGAGAAAUGGCUUGUAUGAAGCUGGGAUCAAAAGCUGAUGCAUUUAGAAGAGAAGGAAAUUCCUGGUUUUGUACAACCGGUCUUCCCAGCGAUAUAACCAUAGAGGUUGGCGAAGUAUUAUUCCAUCUUCACAAGUUCCCUCUAUUAUCUAAAAGCGGCUUACUGGAAAAGCUGAUCAGAGAGAAACCGGAAGAGGGAGAAGAGGGUUGCAGCGUAAAUCUAACCGACAUUCCUUUCGGCCCCAAAGCGUUCGAGCUCGCCGCGAAGUUCUGCUACAAUAUAAAGUUCGAGCUAACCGCCUCAAAUGUCGUGUACUUACGAUGCGCGGCCGAUUAUCUCGAGAUGACCGAAGAGAUCUCCGAGGGCAAUUUGGUUUCCCAAUCUGACGACUUCCUCAACCGGUACGUGCUCAGAGGCUGGAAAGACACGAUAAGGGCGCUUCAAACUUGCGAUGAUGUUCUUCCUCGAGCCGAAGAACUUCAAAUUGUUAAGCGAUUGAUCGAGUCCUUGGCCAGAAAAGCAAGCACCGAUCCCAAUAUGUUCGGUUGGCCGAUCAUGCAGAUCGGCCCUUCGCAGAGUCCCGGAGGGAGCGUUCUCUGGAAUGGAAUAAGCACCGGGGCGAAACCGAUAAAUAGGAGCUCGGAUUGGUGGUACGAGGAUGUAUCGUCUUUAAGCCUCCCUUUAUACAAGAAGCUGAUCUCGGUGAUGGAGUCGCGAGGAGUUACGCAAGAACUCAUUGCCGGGUCGAUCAGCUUUUACGCUAAAAGGCAUUUACCCGGCCUUAAUCGGCGCGAAAGCGUGAGCGAUACUAGUUGCCGUUUUGAUUCCAAAGUUUUAGCUAGUUCUCUAUCGGAAGAAGAGCAGAAGCAUCUGCUCGAGGAGAUCGAUCAGCUCCUUCCAUUCCAAAAGGGCUUGGCUUCUUCGAGAAUCUUAUUCGGGCUUCUUCGAACAGCUAUUAUCUUGCGAGCCAGCGAGAAGUGCUUGUCGAAUCUGGAGAGGAGAAUAGGGAUGCAACUAGACCAAGCCGCUCUGGAGGAUUUGUUGAUACCGAACAUUUCUGAAGCGGUCGAAACACUUUACGAUGUGGAUCGUGUUCAGAGAAUUCUCGAUCAUUUCGUAGCUAUGGAUCAGGACAAUUUUGGCGGGGCCUCACCUGCUCUGGUCGAAGACGAGCAAUUAAUUUUGGGGUCCCCUUCUCUAACGCCAAUCACGACGGUCGCGAAAUUGAUCGAUAAUUAUCUUGCAGAGGUUGCGCCAGAUGUGAAUCUAAAGCUAUCGAAAUUUCAAUCUCUGAUCACGGCUGUACCGGACUAUGCUCGGCCAUUGGAUGAUGGAUUAUACCGCGCCAUCGACAUUUAUUUGAAGGCGCAUCCGUGGCUUCAGGAGUCGGAGCGUGAGGAGCUGUGCCGGCUGAUGGACUGCCAGAAGCUCUCCCUCGAGGCGUGCACGCACGCCGCGCAGAACGAGCGGCUUCCGCUACGAGCCGUCGUGCAGGUGCUCUUCUUCGAGCAGCUGCACCUCCGAAGCUCCAUCGCGGGUUGCUUGCUCAUGUCCGACAACCUCGACGGCUCGAGGCCGCUCCAGAGCGGGGUGCAAGUUUCAAAUAGAGAACAUCAGGUGCUGAAGCUGGGCAUGGAUAGCAUGCGAAACCGAGUUUCCGAGCUCGAGAAGGAGUGUUCGAGCCUAAGAGAGGAUAUCGAGAAGUUGGGGCGCGAGAAAAAGAAGCUCGGAUUCAGGAUCAUCAAGUCGCAGAUUUGCAGUUCUAAUGAUGGGCUCGCGAGCAAGGAGAGAUUGGCUUCAGAGGAAGUUGAGAAGCAGAAGCAUUUGAAACAGAAGUAGAAAUUAGUUUUUUUGUUAUUUUUUUAUAAAUUAGUGCAUGAUUUUUUCUUAAAAUUCUUAGGUUUUUUUCUCCAUUUGUUUUGGUCUGGUGUGAACUGUGAUCUGAGUUUGUUUCUGGAAUAUUGUGGGUGAAUGUGGAAAAAUUGGAUAUCUUUGGAUCUGAGUGCAAA